CUGCAGCAAAUUCAGCGCGGCGGACUCGCGUUGCGUUUGUUUUUUACGAUCUGAAGUCUCAGAUAAAAUUAUCAUUGCGAUAUCUGCGUCAAAGCAUGCCGAUUACAGCUCAUGUUAUAAAUUUUGCGAGUAUCAAGAACGUAAAAACUUUGACGCAUAUGAAGCAUGGUCGUGCGAAAACGAAACUUUAGUCCUAGGCCAUUCCUCAAUGCCUUCAGCCAUCCUGCGCCAAGGACUGACAUACCAAAUGAAAAAAAAUCCAGUGAUGUCGUCGAACUGGGAAGGAAAUACAGGCAGAGGCAGGCGGUGGCUGGGUGGACGACACGAAGCAUUGGCCGCAGCUUCAGAGGGCAUGAGCACCCCUCAGGCAAACGCAAGUGAUGGAUUUGGGAAAGCAGAAGUUCCAUGCCAGCAAACAGUACUUGAAAGCAGUCCUCUGUCUCAUACUAGCCCCGUUGAAAUUGAGCUGAGAAAGCCUGGAAGAGCUAGGAGUGGUCAAUGGAAAAGAGAAAUGCCAAAUGAGAAGGCACUUUCUGUAGGCAGCAGUCCACUGUCCCCAACUUGUCUCGUGGAAAAUGAGCUCUUGGAUGUAUCUCUUGGGCUAAAAGCAAAGUACCAAGGUUGCAUGGUAGGGGCCCUGAUUGGAGAUUGCCUUGGCUCACCAUUUGAAGAAAUUCCUUUUCGCGAGGUAUUGCCAACAUCACAGCUUCCUUACUUUCUGUGGCGUAUCCGGAGAAAGUUAGUCAAGGCAGAUGACAUGGCAGGUCGGAGGUUUACGGCAGACCCAGACCACGAAUUUGGUGGCUACUACAAGUUCACAGAUGACACUGCAAUGACCCAUGCUCUUGCAGAAUCACUAUUAGACUGUGGAGGUUUUGAUCCCACUGUUGUUGCACGAAGGUUUACUGAAGAUUUUUAUCAGAACGGUGAAGUUAAACAUGAGUAUGGUCCUAAAGUCAGAUGGGUGUUUGCUGCACUAGCCAAAGAAAAGUAUGAAGAUGUUUACGGACCUGCUAAAGAGCAGUUUGAUGGCGCUGGCUCCUAUGGAAACGGUGCCGCCAUGCGGGUUGCACCUGUUUCGUUGUACUACUACGGAGAUGAGAAAAAAGCAGUUCAGGUAGCACAGAAUCAAGGCAAGCUGACACAUGCCCAUCUUCUGGGAUACAAUGCAGCAGCGCUUGUAUGCUUGGCUAUACAGCUCGCACUUUCAUUAGAUCCGUCCAAGAAACUUGAUGUUGGAAGGUUUCUUGACACCUUGAAGUUAAAGAUGGAGAAAAUUGAACCCAAACAAUGCCGUUUCUACACUGAAAAGCUCGUAAUCAUAAAAAAAAUGCUGAACAGCUGCGAGGAUGCUCCACCUGAUAGGGUUGCUGCUAUAUUGGGCAACGAGAUGACUGCAGACCGUUCAGUGCCAGCAGCGCUUUAUGCAUUCCUUCGUGGUACACGGCCGCUGACAGGUUGCAAGACAUCCAAUGGCUUUAUCCGAGCGCUGUUCUUCGCCAUUUCAAUGGGUGGAGACGCUGACACUAUUGCUACCAUGGCUGGCAGCAUUGCUGGGGCAUACUAUGGCAUCUUCAAAGUGCCAAGAACCAUGCAACGCUACUGCCAAGGAGAACAACGAGCAACAUGCUUGGGCAACAGGCUACUGACGGAACGAAGGCAGCCAAAGUGAAGGACACUUUGCGGCGCUUCAGUUAGUGUGUGCUUCAGUCGAUACGCCUUUUUAUGUUUAAUUUUCGUUUUCUAUCUUUCUUCUUUUUAUUGUUCAUGCGGUGUGAUAGGGUUUUUUUUUUUUUUACACCCUAUGAAAAUAUUCUUGUCACAGAAAAUAGUCAUUUUUAGUGGCAGGUACUUGAGUUAACUCUGUGCAUACACUUAUGUAAACGCACACUGACAUUCCAUUGAAUCACUAUAAAAAUACUACAGAAGGCUUUAUACUUACAAAGUCUAUUUUGCAGAAAACCAAUGAGCAUUUUGUAAUGAAAAUUUAUAGUUCAAUUUCAUUGCCUUCAUAGCAUAAAGAGAAAAGGACCAAUGCUGUAUUAUAGAUUAGAGCAGUGCAGUAUCAUUUUUUCUGAGAAUGUCUCAAGACUGGCAACUAUAUUGUUGCACGGUGCAUUGAUAAGUUACUUAGUCCACUUCAUAAGUCAGCUUCAUUCAUGUUUAUCUGAAUGCCUAAAUUCAAGCUAAUAAUAGCUUUACUAUUUGUUCUUUAUUGUAUUUGUGUUUAAAGAGUUUUAUUUUUAUCUCUUAGAUCAAAGUACAUUGUUCUUAGAAGUGAGAACUUCGUUUUUGCCAUUUCAUUAAUUUAAUUGCUUGGAUGCAGUCAUCAGCAGUGUACUGUGUUCUAAAUGCCAAAGAAGAGCAUAAAUGUAUAUCUUUUAGGGAUGUGUGUUUUAGAGGAACGUGUUUUGUUUUGCAAUAAACAUAUUUCAUUCAAUGUAA